AGGAGGAGGAGGAGGGGCCGGAGCCUAUGACUUCACAACCAGGCAGCCCUAGAGCAGGCGGCGCCGAGACUGCAGGUUCUUCAGUCUGCAAGGAGCUGCCACAGCGGCGGAGACGGCGGUGUUUCCUCCCGGAGCCUGCCACACGGGGAGCUCGCUGGAGAGCCCGGCGGCGCGGGCUGCUAGAGGCUGGGUCCCGGGACCCCGCGGCGUGGUUCAGGAAACAUCAGUACUCCCUGAGGGCUGUUGUCAUUCAACCCUGGUGAUGCCUCCCGUGUGACCUGAAGGAUCGAGGCUAUGUGAUGAAAUCGAGUCAGCUUCUAUAAAAAUGCAACCUGUCUUUUCUCUCCUGAAGAAAAACAACUUUCUGGCUGCUGCCAUGCCGGGUGAAUAGGGCUCAGUGACAGGACAUUCCUGGAAGUAGUCGUGGUCAGACCCAGCAGGAAGAAGCACACCAUUGCCCAUGACACCAUGACAGCAAGAGAUCACAGCCCACGUCAUGGCUCCAAGUCCCGUUCAGUGCAGCGGGCCUCCACUAUUGAUGUUACCUCUGACAUGCUGGGACUGUCUCUGGCAGGAAACAUCCAGGAUCCAGAUGAGCCCAUAUUAGAAUUCAGCUUGGCUUGCAGUGAGCUGCAUACUCCAUCGCUAGAUCGAAAACCAAAUAGUUUUGUAGCAGUGAGUGUAACAACACCUCCUCAGGCAUUCUGGACAAAGCAUGCACAGACAGAGAUUAUAGAGGGAACUAACAAUCCUAUAUUUCUAAGCAGUAUCGCCUUCUUUCAAGACUCCCUUAUCAAUCAGAUGACGCAAAUCAAGCUAUCUGUUUAUGAUGUCAAAGAUAGAUCUCAGGGAACAAUGUAUUUACUGGGCUCUGGGACAUUCGUAGUCAAAGAUCUGCUUCAGGAGAAAUACCAUAGGUUGCAUUUAACACUAAGGUCUGCUGAAAAUGAUCGUGUAGGUAACAUUACUGUAAUAGGAUGGCAAAUGGAAGAGAAGUCAGACCAGAGGCCCCCUGUAACGAGGUCACCUGAUACAGUUAAUGGGAGGACUGUUCUACCAGUGGAUGAAAGCUUGACAGAAUCAUUAGGAAUCCGAUCCAAAUAUGCUUCCUUGCGGAAAGAUUCAUUACUGAAAUCAGUGUUUGGUGGUGCCAUCUGUAGAAUGUACCGUUUCCCUACAACUGAAGGGAAUCACCUAAGGAUCUUGGAGCAGAUGGCUGAAAGUGUCCUCUCCUUACAUGUUCCUAGACAGUUUGUAAAACUCCUUCUAGAAGAAGACGCGGCAAGGGUUUGUGAAUUGGAAGAAUUGGGAGAACUAUCACCUUGCUGGGAAAGUCUCCGUCGACAAAUAGCUACUCAGUACCAAACCAUCAUACUAACUUACCAGGAAAACUUGACUAACUUACAUCAGUACAAAGGCCCCUCAUUUAAGGCAAGCAGUUUGAAAGCUGAUAAAAAGUUGGAAUUUGUACCUACAAAUUUGCAUAUACAGAGAAUGCGAGUCCAAGAUGAUGGAGCAUCAGAUCAGAACUAUGACAUCAUAACCAUAGGAGCAGCCGCAGCACAUUGCCAAGGCUUUAAGUCAGGAGGUCUUCGAAAACGACUGCACAAAUUUGAAGAGACCAAGAAACACAGUUAUGAGGAAUGUUGUACCUCACCCAGCUGCCAGUCAAUAAUAUACGCACCACAGGAUAUCAUCAGAGCGAAGGAGAUUAUUGCCCAGAUCAACACCUUAAAAACCCAAGUCAGUUACUAUGCUGAAAGGCUGUCAAGGGCAGCCAAGGAUAGAUCAGCUAAUGGCCUUGAAAGGACACUCGCCAUCUUAGCAGAUAAGACAAGACAACUGAUUACUGUCUGUGACUGUAAAUUGUUGGCUAAUUCAAUACAUGGACUUAAUGCUGCUAGACCUGAUUACAUUGCCUCCAAAGCAUCUCCCACCUCAACCGAGGAGGAGCAGGUGAUGCUGAGGAAUGAUCAAGACACUCUUGUGGCAAAGUACACGGGAAGAAACAGUCGCUCUCUCCAUGCGGAUUGGCACGAGGCAGAAUGGGAAAAAGUUUGGUUGAAUGUUGACAAAAGCCUGGAGUGCAUCAUCCAGAGAGUCGACAAACUUCUCCAGAAAGAGCGAUUGCACAGUGAGAGCUGUGAAGAUGUUUUCCAGUGUGAUGUCAGUGGGCCUAGUAAGAAAGGUAAUCAGGAUAAUCGAGCCUAUUGGAUAAGACCGGAAUCCUCCCAUGCAUCCUCAUCAUGCUCCUUCUCCAUGCCAUCCACUGCAUUCCAUUCUCAUUGGAGCACAAAUAGCAGCCCCCCUCCUGAAGAGUCCAGCCCAGGUGAAUGGAGCGAGGCCCUUUACCCCUUGCUGACGACACUCACAGAUUGCGUAGCCAUGAUGAGUGACAAGGCCAAGAAAGCGAUGGUCUUCCUGUUAAUGCAGGACAGCGCUCCAACAAUAGCUAUGUACCUGAAGCUCCAGUAUCGCAGGGAUGUUGUCUUCUGCCAAACUCUGACUGCACUCAUUUGUGGGUUCAUUCUCAAGCUGAGGAACUGCCUACAUGAUGAUGGUUUCCUGCGGCAACUCUACACUAUUGGCUUACUGGCCCAAUUUGAAAGCCUCCUCAGCACCUACGGUGAGGAAUUGGCCAUGUUGGAAGACAUGAGUCUGGGAAUUAUGGACUUGAGGAAUGUAACCUUUAAAGUAACACAGGCCAUGUCAAAUUCAUCAACAGACAUGCUCCCUGUAAUUACAGGAAAUCGUGAUGGAUUUAAUGUGAGGAUUCCAUUGCCAGGCACUCUAUUUGACGUGCUUCCUCGGGAGAUUCAGAGCGGCAUGCUUCUGAGAGUUCAACCUGUCCUUUUCAACGUGGGAAUUAAUGAACAGCAAACCUUGGCAGAGAGGUUUGGAGACACAUCUUUGCAAGAAAUUAUUAAUGUGGAAAGUUUGGUGAGAUUAAAUUCUUACUUUGAGCAGUUCAAGGAAGUUUUACCUGAUGAUUGUCUACCUCGAUCUCGUAGUCAAACGUGCCUGCCUGAGCUGUUGCGGUUUCUUGGACAGAACGUACAUGCCAGGAAGAAUAAAAAUGUUGACAUUCUCUGGCAAGCAGCCGAGGUGUGCCGAAGACUCAAUGGAGUCCGAUUUACCAGUUGCAAGAGUGCCAAAGACAGAACAGCUAUGUCAGUGACCCUGGAGCAAUGUCUGAUCCUGCAGCAUGAACAUGGAAUGGCUCCCCAGGUCUUCACCCAGGCUCUGGAUUGCAUGAGGAGCAUUGGAACACGGGAGGUAGUCACCCAGAAGAACUUGAGUGGCUUGGUGCCCAUCCGAGAUUUCAGACUAGAUCCCAGCCUCCUCUACUCCAUUCCUUUAUUAGCCCUGAGCCCCAAUUUACUGAUUGUGUGGCUGUUUCUGAGCAUUGCAUACCUGGUGGCCAAAUUCCGUUGCAAAUGAAGACCAGUUUAAAAAAUAGUCAUUAAGUUAUAAAGGGAAAAAAAGUUCUAGAAUAUGUAUCACCACUUUAUUACCUAGCUGGACAGAAGGAAUGUGUCAAAGUGUUGUCUGCCAAGAAAUAUAUUAUGCCUUACAGUUUGACAUUUCUAUUGUACUGAACUAUAAAUACCCAUCAAAUUAUUUUAUCCUGAGGAUCUGUAUUGAAAACGUAAAAUUGAUUAUUCUGCUUUCAGUGCUUGUAACAUUCUUACAGUGCCCUGUUGCCUCGUAAUGUAGCCGGCCUGAAGAUCAGUUACGCUUACCAAAUAUUUCUCUUACCUUCAGAUUUAAACGUAUCUGUCAUCUAUAUGCUUCAUGUUCCCUGUUUCAUGUAUUCCAGAGAAAGAAUUCUUGUCUGAAAAGAAUUUGUAUCUUUUGUAUACUCCUUAAGUGUAUGCUGGGCUUUCCUUUCCUUUUGAAGAGGAUUGAUAAGAAAAAGACAAAUAGAUGGGGUUUAUAACUUGUUUGUUUAGAGAUGCCUAUCUAAUAGGACGCAUAUUCUCUGCUUUCAUUUCAAAGCAUAGUCCCCAAGUUACAGUAGCAAACAGUUUGCAGAGCCAUAACAUUUUUCCUUAUUUAUGUCUAAAUUUUUCUGACUUAGCUUAUCAUGAAGCUGUGAUUAUGAUAGCAUACUGUGCCACACCAAAUAUGUGAAAAUCUAGUGUUACUGCAUAUGACUUUACUUUUUAUUCUUUUUAACUGUUCUUAAGAAUUCAUCAAAGAGAUUACAGGAAUUUGAGCAGAUAGUCAGAAAAGGCUUUUUAGGAUAUCUCUUUAUCCCUAAAAUAGCAUCCUUUCAUUAAGUAUUGCAUCUUUGAUUGCAUAUUAAACUCAGAAGCCUUGUUUUCUCUUAGCAACCAAAUAUAAUAUUCAGAAAUCCAGGAAAGUUUGUCUUUGGUUGGUUUCUGAGGCCUCUGAAUCCAUGACUGACAAAUGCCAGUCACAGAAGUAUACUCUGGUUUCAUUUUGUUUUUAAAUUAUCAUCCCAAGUUUUAACAUAUACAGUAUCCUUAAAGUUAAAUUGCUUAUUACUUUACUAUUCACUUGUUGCAGAAGAUUUAUUACAGCUUUGUAAUGAAAGGUACAGAUAAACAAAACACCAACAGUAAGAAGGGAAAACUGGGGGAAAAACUAAAGUCCUCAACUGAGAAAAUAUUCUGUUUUUUGUUAUAAUGAUUUUUUUAAACCCAUGUCUUAGUGGUUUUUCUUCCCAGUACCAGUGAAUUUGCAUAAUUUCCUUACUAAAACUAUGCAAGGGUGUUACUCUCAGGCUCUGCAUGGCUGCCUGGGGUAAUCCAUCAAGAAACACUUAUUAAACAUGUAAGAAAUGACAUUUCAUCAAAUUGGCUCCUCAUUGGUUUUGAACAUUUGGAAUGAUUUGAGAAAUUUAAAAAAAAAAUUUAAGAUUCUCAAAAUUUGCUCAGGGGCUUCCCCAAUUGGAUAUUGUGUCAUGGUCUUCAAAUUUUUUUAUGGUUCAUAUGAACAGAUAGUACUGAGGGGCAAGCCAGCAAACUCAAGGGCAGAAAUUCUGGAAGAAAUACCCCUGCCACACACCCUAGGGCUUCUACCUUCCUUUUUAAUCCCUUCUGACCCCUUCUGUUCCCCAACCCCCAAAUACUGCUGGAGCUGUGUGUCUACAAUCUUCUAAUUAGAAAUUAUUUGGCUUUUCCUAAAUUCACACAUGCAAUGCUUUGUAAUCUUCCUUCAAGAAUUUGGGAUCUAAAUAUGGUCCACUCAUGAGACUUGUUAUAUUGGAGCAUGCUGUGUGUAUACUUUUUUUUUUUAACAAGAUGAUCAGUUGCUUUCUUUUUUAAUUGUAAAUGGAGUAUAUUGUGAGGAAUGAACAAAUCAUGCCUCUUCCAUCGAAUCUUAAAUUCGAAGGAAUGUAAUUCAGCCUGUUUCCCAGCUUUCAGGCAGAACCUGAGCCAUUAGCUCACCUAUUCUAGAAAGCUCUUGUUGAACAAGCCCCAGAAGAGCUGAUUUCAUAUCACUAUCCAGUAAUCGUUAAUACAGAUUCUUUCUUGUGGCUAACCUAAGUCCCAUAUGCUACAGCUGGUCAUGAUUUUCCUCACUAACUGCACUUUUAGUCCCUCAAUAUAUAUCAAGUACUUGCUAUGUGCAAUAAUUAAAGAAUGCCAUAUGUAUGAAUGUAUAUGAAUAAAAAAAAAGUUCUGUAUUCAAAGAUGGCCCUAUUGACAGUGUUAUGUACUGCUUUGGACCUUUAUCAUCAGUAGGCCUUAAUGUUUGAUUCAUGAAUACUGAUGAUAGUUCAGUAGCACAAUUCCUCCAUACUCAACCCCACUUCACGUCACUUCCCCCUCCCCAUUCCCAUUAAUCUGUCCUGUAGCCCACUGGUACACCAGGUGAGGCCAGUGAGGGUGGGGGUGGAGGGAGUUUUGUCAUGUGACUUUCCUAGAACCUGUGUACUUUGUCUUCCUCAUUUUUUGGCCAUACUCUCAUGGAUCAUCCAUGUCUCUGUGUGUGUGUUGGAUGAGUUUUCAUUGGGACUGGGUCACAAGAGCAUGAAGCUUUUCAUUUGAAACUCAGGACACCUAACACAUAUCUGAGGAUACCAUUUAAAAUGUAACCCUAUGAUUGUAGAUCUGGAAGGGAUGUCAUGAGAUUAUAUGGAAUGCUUCUUUGUGUACAAGUGUAUAGCAAUCAAAAAAAGAGUUGUAUCCCUUUUCUUUGAUUUAUCCAAUAAAGUAGCUGUAGCAUCCCUUGA